AUGCCGCCCAUCCCCGGGCUGGUGCACUGGCAUCACUACAUCGCCCGCAACAUCAAGACCCUCAAAGCCGCCCUCACCAAAGCGGCCCGCACCCUCGAUGCCUCCAUCCAGCAAUCCACCCAGCCAGCAGCCAAGCUCGAACCGAUCCUGGUUAGGAACUCGACGGGGAAGCAUCCGUUGCAUCCACUUGCGAGGAUCAGGCAGAGCCAGUCGAGAUGGUAUUCCACUACUAGACAGGCCGUGGAGGGGAGCGUGAGGCAUUUCAGUUCGGGAGCGGCUGCGAGAGGUGGGAGCAAGUAUGCCGAUCGGACCGCUUUCCCCAAGUCGAGGACGAGCGCGUAUAUUGCCCAGUCCUCCGGCCGCGCACCUUUCGCUUCGACUCUCCGCCCUAACCUGACGGGUGGAACUUUGAACCGUACAGCUGGCGGAUACUCCCUUGGUGGUUCAGGUAGAGCAGGCGGAGCGAGGUCCUUCUCCCACACACCUGCUGCGCAAGCUCAAGUAGUGCAGAAUGUUUCGCAAGCUGUUCGUGCCUUCCUUAUCGGAGGGCAGAAGGCGCAAUUUGACGGCUGCACGGCGAGGGGGGAGAAGAGGUUCAAGGCUGUCUCUACCCUGCAGCAGGAGACGGGAAGGAAGAUGAAGGAUUUGCCAAGAGCGACACCCGGUUCCUUCGUCCAGUUCCCGCUCAACCCCACCGUCACAGCCCUAGCAGGCAUGGGCUCCGUCGCCGGCUUUUCCACCACGCAGUCCACCUCGGGCCAGAAAGCAGCCCAGCACCUCAACACCGAAGGCCUCCUCGAUAUCCUCUCCGCCGACUUCUCCCGCGCCCUCAAGGAUCUAGCAGCCGUGCUGAACGAUCUGCGUCGGCUUUCCUCUUUAGGCGACCUCCCCAUCACCUACGAGCACAACCAUCUCCGCAUCCACUUCCCCGGCUGCGACGCCGAGACCGUGGGCCGUUUAUGCGAGGAAUUAAACAUCACCCGCGGCACCGUCAUCCAAGACCAGAACUUCGAUGCCUUUACAGGAACAGAAAUCGCUCUACUGUUUCCUUUCGCACCUAGCAAUGGGUCGUGCUCCGAUGCAGACAGCUUUUACGAAGAAGCUUCGCCCAUCUUUCCAUCCAAAUACCAGGCCAUCGAUAUCCGAUCCUUACUUUCGCCUUCCAUCGAAGAGCUAGCGUAUUCCACCCAAUCAGCACAAUCGGACUCGGAUCUUGAGCGCGAAGUCCAGGAGAACCCUUGGAUGUCUUCGCCUUCGGGAUACGGGAGUGUGGGAUCUGGCUCUGGGUAUGGUAGUGGUAGUGGUAGUGGUAGCGGGGGUGACAAGCACUCGCCGCUUGAGUAUCAGGGGUUCGAGGGGAUUUAUCGCUUUAUCGAGGAGUUGGAUUCUGUGAGGAGAUGA